GGCUUCCUGCACACGCGCGCAACUUGAUUCAGGAAGUACGCAGUCUUUCUUUCAAGUCGCGUUCCUGAUAGUGAGAUAAGUCGUCAGAAAUCACAAAUUGGAAAUAUCAGGAACACACUUAAGGCUAAAAUGUCCGCUGUUUCCGAAUCUACUCAUAUAUCGUCGCUUGGGAAGACCGACAGCUUGCAUCAACGGGUUCUCGCCUCCUUCCCUCUGUGUGACAUUGCAGAGCAGGAUCUGACCCAGAACCCUCAGUUCUGUAAACUCCUGGCCACCCUGUCACAACAUGUCGACCAAACUGGACUCACUGUCCCACUGAAAACGGAGCUGGACAAGGCUGAGCAGAAGCUGCAGUGCCAGAGGCGUCUCUGGCUGCGCUCCGAGAGUCUCCACAAAGGGCUCCAAGAGAUGAUCCAGGACCAUUGUAUCAGGAAGCAUCAUGCCACCGUACCCCCUGACCAGAACAUGUUGUAUGAGACGAUGGAGAAGUCUCUGCUGGUGUCUCAGUGUAUCAGACAGCUGGAUCCCAGUAGCACUACCAACCAGGACCAACCUUCUAUUUUGGGCCUGAACCCCCAACAGGUGAUGGAGCUCAUGCCAUCAGAGAAGAAUGUUCAAAGAAUGAAACAGAGUCUUCCCAGGGAGCUGGAGAAACACCUGAAGAAGAAGUGUUGGGGCCUUCUUUCUUACUAUCAACCUGAAUGGGAGAGUGAGAGUGAUGGUCUGAAGAACACAAAGUUGUCUCAUCUAUCAGCCCAGCUGGACAAAGAGAAGAAAAGAGCAGAGAGUCUGAAAGAGACCUGCCGGGAAAAUGCAGUUCUUCUGCAAAGACAAACUCAACUUUACCUCUGUGAACUGAUUAAGUGUAUUCAGCUUCUCCAGUCUUUCAUUUUGGACCAUAGGCUGAAGAUGCAGACAGAUCUGGACAGGAAGAAGUUGGACUACUUUGAGGGAAAAUGUGAAUUAGUCUUACAGAAGAUUAAGACUGAGAUGGUGGAAAUUCAGUUGGAAACGUACACGGCUGACUCAAUAUCUGCUCAUCGAAAAAUAAGAGAGAAGCUGGACUCUGAGCUUAAAGCCUGUUUGGGGGAGAAACAGUCUGUCGAGUUAAAACUGGCCUCCUUUGAGAUCUUGGGCAAAGAGUUUGAGGUCUUGGCGGAGGAGUACUGUAGGUUACGGCAAGAGAUAGAAAUGAAGCAUUGGGCCCUGAAGGAGUUCACGCAGUACAACGACAAAUGAAGAUGAAAGAAAGAAAACAGCCAGACAUUCCCUAUUCAUUGAGUGUCACUUGUCACAAUGACAUGCUGGCAUUUGGACAUAAAGAAACUCUUUGGACUAUGUAGUAAACACAGUCGUGAGUGGGCCAACCACAGGCUCCCACUAGCACUUCAAACUUAAUGUUUAUUAACUUCAGUAAGUUCAGUUUUCUUAAAAUAGUCCACCCUCGUCAGUGCAUCACCAUGGUAAUUCUGCUUUCUUUCUUUCUACAUAAACCAUUUAGCGUUCAAGGCUAGUUUAGUAUUCAUGACUCUUUUAGUAAGAUGCAGUUUAACACAAUAAUUUUGAACUAUCUUGCAUGUGACAACAUGGUCACAUUUGACUACUUUCUAUAUCAGCUUAAGGAAGUGAGAAUCACUAUAUUCAUAAUGAAAAUGCAAAGUAUUUUUGCCCUAAAAUGUGCUUCCUUCAAACAGUGAAAUUUUUAUUCAGUAACUUGAUUUAAUUUCAACUGAAAUGAAGGUGUUACGGUAUGCUUUACCUCAGGUAUCAGGACACAGACAAAUCAGCCAAAAGCUGGGAGUGCAUUCCUUUGUAAAUAAAUUAAAGUAUCACCAGGUUUCUUGAAA